AGCAACAGCGUUCGUCAGCGGCGAACGCAGUCGCAGUCGCACACGAUGGCCGCUGCACGCACCGCCCUGCCGCUGCUCUUUCUGUGGGCCGCUGCUGUCUCAGCUGAACCAUCUACUGCUGGUGGCAACAGAAACACUCAGUCGGCUAAACCAUUAAUUGUAGGUGGCAGUAGAGCUCAAAUAGGAGAGAUUCCGUGGCAAGUGUCAAUACACGAAAACAAUAGACAUCUAUGUGGUGGCUCUAUUUUGGACUCUGAGUGGGUGCUGACAGCGGCACAUUGCUUUCUGGAUAACAACCCUAGUCCAUACCUUGUAAAAGCUGGUUUUAUUGACCAAAACAAUCCUGGCAGUACACUGCAAAAUUCCAGUGUUACAAAAAUCAUCACACAUGAGGGAUACAUCAUGAAUGAAUUGCCAUACGAUAUUGCACUGAUGAAACUGAGCACUCCUUUCACACUGAAUAGCUAUGUAUCUGCUAUUUCACUUCCAACUAGCUCUGCUUUCAAAGCACAAGGCAUAGCAACAGAUAGUGGCUGGGGUGCAACUCAAGAGGAUGGAGCGCCUUCUCAAUUUCUAUAUAAAGUACAGGUACCAAUAAUGACAUCAGAUAUGUGCCUAGAGUAUUACGGUGAAGAUUUUGAUAUAAACAUCCUACUGUGUGCUGGUUACCCUGAUGGAGGGAAGGAUUCUUGCCAGGGAGACUCGGGUGGGCCAAUGACAUGUAGUGAGUCUGGUUCAACAACUCCUCUUCUCUGUGGUAUAAUAGCAGCAGGACAGGGAUGUGGAAGGAAGGACUACCCAGGAAUUUAUACUAAUGUUGCUGCAUACCUCAGCUGGAUUGCAAACAAUAAAAACUGAAACACACUAAUACUGUAUUCUGAUUUUUCAUUUUACAAUUGUUUUUUAAAGUUGAUUAUUGACUGAGCAUUAUUUUCUCUAACUCUUGAGUGGGCACACCUAUGUAUAAUGUACACCAACCACAAAAAAACAUUGUGUUGCACUGUUCCAUUGUUGUUUUACAACUGUGAGUCCAUGCCUAUUCCUUUAUUAUUGCUGCAGCUAAUGCAGUGAUAAGUUGGGCUGUUAUACAUCUAAGUGAGCACCAGUAAUAUAAAAUAAAAGCAAGCCAGGAGAGAAAAA